CCAUACCAAGAUCCUCUGACUUAUUCACCGCAUGUCCCCGCAGCUUUCGCCGGCUUUAAUUACAUAAUUGCCUUAAAUCUCAUCUUUAACGCGGGGACACGUCUGCGCCUGAUUGACAGCUGAUCGGCGCUUUCACGGUAUUUUUUACUCCACUCGUCCACCUAUAAGGCCUCCUCUCUGAACAUCUCCACUCUCACAAUCACUGGCCAUGCAGGAGGUGUGACCCUCCUUCUUCCUCUUUGUGCAACGUUGGAGGAGACUUGAAAAAGGAAAAAUAAAUAAAUAAAUAAAUAAAUAUAUCCAAACCUGCAAUUAAUUUAAGAUGUCAGACCCCGACCCCUCAUCACCAGCAGACCCUCCGCUGCCGCUGACCUCCCCACGCACUCCUCUUCAGCUCUCCUUCCCCUUCCUGAGGGAGGGCAGUCGGGUUUGGGAGAGGGAGAGGAAACCACCUCAGCCAGGAGAGCUGCCCAGCCCACUACCCACGAAACGCACACGUACAUACUCAGCGACAGUGCGAGCUAGAUCAGGUCCAGUGUUCAAAGGGGUGUGUAAAAACUUCUCCAGGUCUCAGGGUCAUGGAUUCAUCCGCCCCUCUCAUGGAGGAGAAGACAUUUUUGUUCACAUCUCUGACAUUGAGGGAGAGUACGUGCCUAUGGAAGGGGACGAGGUCACGUACAAGGUGUGCCCCAUCCCUCCCAAGAACCAGAAGAUCCAGGCUGUUGAUGUGGUGAUCACCCACCUGAAUCCAGGCACCAAGCACGAGACCUGGUCAGGUCAAAUCAUCAGCUCCUAAACCAGCGCUCCAGGUUGUGGAGACAAAGGAUGAUUUAGAUUUUAUUUUAGGUUUUACAUUUCUUGAGUGAAAGGUUAGGGACUGGGUUGGAAGAAGAGGAAUCAGAGUUUGGCCUAUCGUAGAAUUCGUCCUUCGGUAGCUGUGUUAUGAAACGUCUUGGUGAACAUUUAAGUGUUAGGGUUAUAAUUAAGGCUUUGAAUGUAUAAGUUUGAAUGUUUUCCUUUGAAGGUCAGGGUUUCAUUAUUUGGUUUUGAAUGUUUCAGUUAAGGGUUUAAAAGUCUCAGUUUAAGUUAGAUUACAGGGCUUGGUGCUAGCUUUUUUUACUUUGACCUUGGGAAUAUGUUCAUGUUGGCGAAUCAGUUGCUGUUAGGGGUGAUUUUUUAAUGAGCUUGGAUGCUGAAGGGGCUGAAUCAAGUUUUGAGCCAAUUUGACCCAGUUUAGCUGCUUUGGCACUCUGUGGGCACAUUACCAACAGGCUAAUCUUUAUUUACAGAACCAGUAGGUGCAGUACAUGAUUAAGUCAUCAAAAGUAUUUUUGUUUCUUUGCCUAGUAUGAGCAGUAUUGUUAUCUAGUGGGCAUUGCCUAUAUGCAGAAAAAGUCACCUGGCAUGCAAUCAGGACCUAUCAGCAGUUAUCUAACGGCAAAUUAGCUUUUUAACACACACUAAUUCCAUUCUUGCAUCACAAGUUGCUAUUUGAUUGAUGGUACUGCACAGAAAAGGAAGUCUUUGUUAAUGGUAAACCCUCACCCCAACGGAGGAAGCCCCAAGAAGUUGGCUGUUUCUCCCAGUGGCUCUAUUUUUGCCAGAUGACAGUUGAUGGGUUCUAAGAUUGCAGCUGGGUUAAUUUAGGGCCUGUGUUCACAUACAGUGUUUGUGCUUUGGCAGUGCUUAUUUUAAUACAAUGCCAAUGGAGUUCUGCAUUUUCAGCACUCUGCGUCCUAAGUUACCUUUGGCAUUUUCUGGUUACUCUAACUCUCAGUUAGAAACAGCCCUGCUCAUCUAUGCCAUUUCUUCCUCACAGACCAAUCAAACUCAAGAAGGGGCGGGUCUUCUGGUAUCAUCUUUGUCAACAACAAUGGUGGCAGGGGCAGAGAUGGGAGACUGAUCUGACUUGUUAUUUUCAGGAUACAUUGUUUUUUAUGUUUUCUUCACUAUAAUUCCUUCAUUAAUGAACGAAACUAAAUGCACAGAGCUCCACUGGAUGGACAAAAGUAUUCAGACACCUCACCCUUACACCAACAGGGAUUGUAAUGACACUAUAUUCAAAUACACAUACUUAAAUAUGGAGUUGGCCCCUAUUUUGCAGCGAUAACAGCCUCCACUCUUUUUGGAAAGCUUUUCACAAGAUUUUUGAGUGUUUCUGAGGGAAUUUGUACUCACUUAUUCUGUAGAGCAUUUAUGAGGUCAUGCACUCAUAUUUGAUGAGAAGGCCUGGAUAGCAAUCCCAUUCCAGUUCAUCCCAAGGGUACUGGAUGGGGUUGAGGUCAAUGCUCUUAGCAAGCCAGUCAAGUUCUUCUGUCAAACUAUGUUUUUAUAGUCCUUUCUUUGUCCACUGAGGCACAGUCAUGUUGGUAUAGAAAAAAACAUUCACAAAACUGUUGCCACAAAGUUGGAAGCGUAGCACUGUCCAAAAUGUCUUGGUAUGCAGAAGCAUUAAGAUUGCCAUUCACCGGAGAUAAGGGGCCUAGCCCAAACCUUGAAAAACAGCUCCAUACCAUUAUCCCUCUUGCACCAAACUUCACAGUUUGCACAAUGCAGCCAGGCAGGUAAUGGUCUACUGGCAUCCUUCAAACCCAGACUCGCCCAUCCGACUGACAAACAGAGAAGCCUCAUUCACCACUCCACAGAACAUGUUGCCACUGCUGCCACAACUAUGGAAUCAGCAGAGCAUGAUUACAUAGUCUUAUGCGUUGUGGCUGUGCUGCUUCACUGCUGUUGUUCCUAAACUCUUGCACUUAUGUUUAGAAUAAUAUCACUUUCAGUUGACCGUGGAAUAUCCAACAAGGUUUUAAUAUCUCCAAUUGUGUUAUUGCAAAGGUGGCAUCCAUCACAGUUCCAUGCUUGAAGUCACUGAGCUCUUCAGAACGACCAAUUCUGUAUCACAGACGUUUGCCAGUGGAGACUACAUGGCUAGUUGUUCUAUUUGAGACACCUCUGGCAACGAGUCUGAUUGAAACACCCCAAUUCAAUAAUAAACAGGUGCAGCCAAAUACUUUUGUCCAUACAGUAUAUUUAAAAAAAGGACUUCAUGGACACAAUGGAAAGCAGAUUUAAACAUUCCUGACCAAGCUAGCAACAAUAAACACCAGUGAGAAGCACUCACUGAGUUUAUGGGUACUGCUAGUGUAAAAACCCUGUAUAUCAACACAGGCCUGCAAGUUUGAAGGGACCAGCUCAAAAAAUUUCUUCCAUUUUGCAUCUUUUUACUACUAAGCAACUAACUGGUGGAAUUAUGUGCUGCCACUGCCAAAAGUAAUGUGACAACCAUCUCAUAGAGAAAUUUAGCCAUACUGUGACUGUUUACAAUGACCAAUGGAGAAGAAAUAAGAGAACAUCACAUUUAAAACAGCCCUCUCUGUUGUCUUAAUGUGAAAGGACCAGCUGCUCAGCUGUGCCUUCAGAAAAUCAUGUUACUUUCGUGAUGUAGUAAAACAGAGUAGUGUACAGCUGCCAAAUAAAAACAGUGGGAAUUCAGUCUGAUCCAAAUGGCUCUUAAUGCAUUUUGGCCUCAAGAGCUGUGAUAAGCUCCACAUAUAAGGAAUUAUUUUUCUCCUUAGUGUUGUAGCACUUCUGUAUUUUGUCUACUUGAAAAAUGUAGAAAUCCAGUAUUAUUGUAGCCAGCUCCUAUGACGGUCUUCAGUUUUGGUGGUAGAGACAGUAGCUGGAUGUUGUGUUGGCCUGCCACGGGAAACCAGGCCAGAGGGUUUGGGGUUAGGGAACAGGAGAGGGAGGAAGGAGAGGGGAUGGGCAGAGGAUGGAGUGAUGAUCUGUGGGUGUAGUUGAUAAUGAAUAAAGCUUGAUUUAAAAGCACGUGUUUGAAGGAAGACAUGAUAGAAUCAGCAGUUUUCAGCUGCUAGCUCUUCAGGUAACCUGAUAAGGUUAAAGAAAUAGUUAAACAUUUUGGGAUUUACGCAUAUUUACUUUUAUUGUCAAGAGUUAGGAUUGAUACCACUUUUCUUUUCCCUACUGAGUACUCACCGUUAGAGCUGUAAGCCCAGCUUGAACUGGCUUGUUACAAAGACUGCUAACAGCUAGCUUUGUUCUCUCUGAAGGCAACAAAAAAACCCACAAGAACAUUUUUUAAAAAUGGUUCUAUACUAGUAUGUACUGAUUUGGCCAAAAUGUAGUGUGCAGAAUGCAUUAUGCAGUAAGCAAGCAAAUGCGAGAUAAUCAGUGUGCCAAGAGUACCCAAAAGUUGUAUUGAUUGGGAAAAGUAUACAGUAUGCAUUGGACCAGUCUACCUCGUCUAGUGUUUCCCAUGAUGCAGAGUACCAACCAGCCAGAGGUCAAGAUUGCUUAAAGUGGCAGUAUUAUCAUUAUUAGCAUUAACUUUAUUACAUUUACAGUGCAAUGAUGUGAAUAAAAUGCCAGUGGGAUUAACUUUAUAUGAGUUGGAUAGGUCUUACACAUCCCACAAGUAAAUGAUCAUUUCCUUUAGAAAAUUAAAUUGUAUCACUUGUAGGCCUUUUUUCCUCAAAAUUUUCAGCUAUUGACCUCCAAAAUAAAAGCACCAGAAACUGGGGACCCCACCUUUCAAAGAGGUUGUUAAAGUGUACAAUGUUUCACAAAGCAUCAUGUCCAAAUUUACAUGAUAAGGGUGUUUUUUUUCCACAUUACAUUUAAGGAUUAAUCUUACUUGAUUUAAGUUUUAUUUUAAAUUCAACUAACUUUAAGAAUAUUUUUUCAUUAAUGGAUAACAUACACCACUUUAAAUCAUAGAACAUUUUUUAAAGCAUCUGUUACCCCCUUUCACAGUCUUGUGACCACCUAGGGGUCCCAACCCCCACUUUGGGAACCAGUGGGGCUUUUUCAGGAUGACUUUUCACCAUGCCGAUCCAAACCAAACUGUGCUAAUUUCCUUUUCAUCACCAGUUUGGUGAUGAAACGCUCAGUCACACUCAGAAUGGUCCUUCUUGAUCAGGGCCCAAACAUGCUGCGGUGGUGACGCAGCAGUUUGUCAUCAUUCGGGGAUGCCUCGCGCAUGAGUUUAAGUAACAACCACUUCACCGGAUUUUAAAAUACCUGUUGUAUUACCAAUUGAAGAAGAAGAAGAAACUUUGAAGUAGAAACAGGUGUGAACUUUUGAAUAAAACAAUGCUUACUGAAGCACAGCUAUUUAACGUUAUUGAAUCAAAACGCUGUGUCAUCAGCUCUAGACGCAUCCUCGAACAGGUAGCUUCAUUGUGCUGGAAAAUCAAAUCCCCUGCCAUGCUUGGCUGCCAUGCCAAGUCAAACCAAGUAGAGCCAAGCUGCUCAAUGUGAUGAAAAGCCCCACACUGCUCUAGUGGAUGCUGCACCGUAGACUUACUAGCCAUUAGCUGGCUAACCCCAAAGCAUUAGCCUUUGUCUUUUUUAAAAAUAAAAAUGUAAAGAUGAUGGUUUUAGGCCUAGCAACGCACCAUCUCUACCUGCUAACUAGCUUUAUACUAUUAGCAACCUAGCCUUGCUUAACACAAAAACUGGAACUAGCUAGCCUUGCACUCUCAGAGGGUGAAAAAAAUGCACCAGCACAUCUAAAGCUCAGCUAUAAAACACUGUCUUUAUCUAAAAUGUAUUAGGAAAAAAUGUAACAACAAAUAAACGUAAAACUUACAGUCUCGAGCCAAGGUAACUACCUGCUAGCUGCUAGAUUAGCCAAGCUUAGCACAUAGACUGGGAACAGCUAGCCAGCUGCUGUCAAUGAUGGUGACAAAAAGUGCAUCAAAAAGUUUGGUUAUAUUUAUUCUAGAUUAUUUGUUAUUCUCAAAAAGUGAGUCUGUAACAGUCUUAAGACUUGGCUAUGCCAUGUCCACUAGCUGUAGCAUUAUACUGUUUUCCUAGUUUAGCCUAGCUUAGCGCAAUGACUGGAAACAGCUAGCCAGCUACUGUCUAUGAUGGUGACAAAAAGUCUGGCUAUAUUUAUUACUGUUGUAGCCUACUCAAAAAGCUUAAGACUUAACUAUGCUACGCCUGCUAGCUGUAGCUUUUCAAUUAGCGUAAAGACUGGAAAGUGGUACAAGUGUUUUCAUUUACUGUUGUCAAGAAAGUGGAUUUGUGUUAUUCUCAAAAGAGUUAACUAUUUCUCAAUAGUGUUUGUCUAAUGAGAAAAUAUGCUUUAAUAGCAAAAAGUUUCUAGCUUUUUCUAUUGUUGUUAUAAAGACUCUGGCUUGUUUAAUACGUUUUUGCAGCUUCCAGGCUUUGAUUUUUCUUUGUAUUAACAAGAAUAAAAAAGCGAUACAGGAAAAAGAAUCACAGUAAAUUAUUUUAUCAGGCUAAGGGAGCUGAUCUUUUGUGUUAAGUGAAAAAGGAGAAAUUGAAUAUGUUUUGAUGUCAUGGCAAAGGACUGUGGGAAAGAGAAGGAAGGUGUCCUAAUGUAAGUUUAAAAAAGGCAACUUAUUUAUUGAGUUAUUUAUUAUCAUUUGUAACUAUGAGACCAUCAGGUGUUUGGUAAUUAAAAGCUGCAUUUUUAAGUCUUUGUGCAAAUGUAAGCCUCUUUUGAAUACACUGCACACCUCACUCUUAUGAUACUACCCUGUUAACACCCCUUAGUUACUGUCAUGUCUUCACUGACAGGUUCAAAAAAACCUAUGACCUUUCCUAACACAAGUUUCUUAUUUCUACAUAAUCCUAGUCUGAUUUUUAUCAGCUAUUUCAUGUACAAAUAACAAGCAGUCUUGUUGUUUUUGGUAACUGGCAUGUUUUGUACUGUUUGUGGUAUUUUUUUUUUAUGUACGUUGUGUUUAUUCUGUUUGAUCAUGCAGUAACACAUUUGGAGCCUUCAGAGAGACAUCAUCAGGUGUUGAUGCAUCUUUGAGUGUGAUUUAACAUCGUGGUUACACACUGUUGUUUCAUUUCUGUGAGAGGAACAAGUUUGACUGUGUACGCAAGCACUUUUAUUUUUGUCGAAUCAC